AUGGCUGCCCCGGCCCCUCCUUCCGGCGGCCUCUCCGCCGCGCAGCUCGCCCAGUUCCACGCCGACGGCUACCUCAUCAUCCCGCGCGCCCUCUCCCCCUCCACCGUAUCCGCCCUCCUCGCCGAGACGCACAAGCUCCUCGCCGAGUUCCCCAUCGAGACGCACCCCCUCACGCGCUUCACCACCGGCGACUCAUCCUCCUCCUCCUCCUCCGCCGCCGCGCACGUCGGCGACGACUACUUCCUCUCCUCCGGCGACAAGGUCCGCUUCUUCUUCGAGGAGGACGCCUUUGACGCCUCUGGCACCCUCAUAAAACCCAAGGAGAAGGCGAUCAACAAGAUCGGGCACUACCUGCACGCGCUCAGCCCGCCCUUCGCCGCCCUGCUUGAUGACGGUCACCCCGCGGCGGUGGCGCGCAGCCUCGGCUUCCAGGACCCGCGCUGCCUGCAGAGCAUGGUCAUCUGCAAGCAGCCCGAGAUUGGCGGCGCGGUGCCGCCGCACCAGGACUCGACCUUUCUGUACACGCGCAGCCCCUCCGCGGUCGGCUUCUGGUACGCGCUCGAGGACGCGACGCUGGAGAACGGCUGCCUGAGCUUCCUGCCCGGCUCCCACCGGUGGGCCCCCGUCUCGCACCGCCUCGUACGGAGGCCAGGCGGCUCCGGCACGGACAUGGUGGAAAAUGACGGGCCCCGGUUUCCUGAGGAGGGACAGGGGUAUGAUGAGGGGAAGGCGCCGGAGGGGGGUCCGAGGGAGGACAUGUAUGUGCCGGGUGAGGUGCGCGCGGGCGACCUGGUGCUGAUCCACGGCAACUUGCUGCACAAGAGCGAGCGCAACACGAGCAGCAAGGGCAGGAUCAUCUACACGUUUCACGUGAUUGAGGCGCAGGGCACGGAGUACGACGAGAGAAACUGGCUGCAGCCGCCGAAGGAGGGCUUCACCAAGCUGUACAAGUAA